CACCAUCGAUAAGUCCAGUCGAACUAUUUUUGGCAAGAAAAUUUUCCUUAUUUUUAUUUAAUAAAAUAAAAUGACCCAAAAGUGCGAGACCACCAACUGCGGCAAGGAGGCGACCCUGCAGUGCCCCACGUGCCUGAAACUGGGCAUCAAGGGCUCCUUUUUCUGCUCGCAGCCAUGCUUUAAAGGAUUCUGGAAGGAGCACAAAUCAAUCCAUGCCUUGGCAGCCGGGGCCUCGAAUUCCUCGGGGCAGGAUGGCGCCUACAACCCCUGGCCGCAGUUCCGUUUCACCGGCAAACUCCGUCCAUUCCCCCAGACUCCUAAGCGGACCGUUCCGGAGGCCAUUCAGCGUCCAGACUACGCCGAUCAUCCCGCUGGACGAUCCCUUUCCGAGGAGGCACUGCGGGGAACCAAGAUCAAGGUUCUGGACGACGAGGAGAUUGAGGGCAUGCGAGUAGCCGGAAGACUGGGAAGGGAAUGCCUAGAUGAGGGCGCCAAGGGCGUGGAGGUGGGCACCACCACCGACGAACUGGAUCGCCUAGUCCACGAGGCCGCCAUCGAGCGGGAGUGCUACCCCUCGCCCUUGAACUACUACAACUUCCCCAAGUCCUGUUGCACCUCGGUCAACGAGGUGAUCUGCCACGGCAUCCCAGACCAGCGACCUCUGCAGGAUGGAGAUCUCUGUAACAUCGAUGUAACCGUCUACCAUCGCGGCUUCCAUGGCGAUCUCAACGAGACCUUCUUCGUGGGCAAUGUCUCGGAGAAGCACAAGAAGCUGGUGCAGGUCACUCACGAGGCGCUCAGCAAGGCCAUCGAGUUUGUACGUCCGGGGGAGAAGUAUCGCGACAUUGGUAACGUCAUCCAGAAGUAUGUGGCUCCCCAUGGAUUCAGUGUGGUGCGCAGCUAUUGCGGACAUGGUAUUCACCGCGUGUUCCACACAGCACCAAAUGUACCUCACUAUGCCAAGAACUCCGCUGUGGGCGUGAUGGCCCCGGGACACUGCUUCACCAUCGAGCCCAUGAUCUCUAUUGGCGUACAGAAGGCUGAAACAUGGCCAGAUGAUUGGACCGCAGUUACCGCCGACGGUUUGUUCUCCGCCCAGUUCGAGCAGACGCUCCUGGUCAACGAAACUGGAUGCGAGAUCCUCACCAAGCGUCGCGAGAACAACGGGCAGCCCUGGUUUAUGGACAAGAUGUGAGGCGAACAACUUGGGCUAAAAUAUAACUUCUAGGGCUAUACAUCAAGCUUUAAUUUGUAAUUUUACAAUAAAAUCUAGAGUUUUUAUUCCCGA